AUGGCUCCAAGUUCUGUUUGUGUAGCAUGCCGCCAAGUACUCCAACAAUCUCGUCAGCUUGGACGCUCACGGGACAUCUAUGGAGCACGCGCCGCAUACUCUUCAAUACACAAUACUCCUAGACUAUUCUCGACAAGCCGCCUCCUGUCAGUACCGCAGGCCACCCCUAAGCCGUAUCAGCCAAAACCUCCUCCCACGAAUCCGGGGUCCCGAGAGGACCCAAACGGCGUUCCCUCUGAAGGAAAAGAACUUGGCUCGCCCUCCCCCGCCGCACCUAGUCUCUCAAUUGCAGAGGAGCUUCACAAGCGAGUCUCUUCCGUAACAGAGACAUACGUUGCUUAUGGUGUUUGUGAGAAUCUGGUCAAGGAAUGUGCUCGACAAGCAGACUACGCGAUUCCGCAAGCACAUGAAAAGAACGUCGAGGUACCCAAGACUAAGGAUGGAGAGGACUUAGGUGUUGGCACGGGAUGGUGGUUCGAGACCCUCGGUCUCACACCAACCUUCAAUACCUGGGCCCAGAUAACUUUCCUUCACAUGUACCUGCUCACUUGCCGCCUACGCUGUUUCCCUCCUGCUCAUGCUCCAGUAUGGCACCAACAUCUUCUCGACCAUUUUUUUUACAUCGCCGAAGACCGGAUGGUCGUCACCCACAAUAUUGCCGCACGGUCCAUACGCAAUAAAUACUUGAAAGACUUGUUCGUGCAAUGGCGCGGACUGAUGGCGGGCUAUGAUGAGGGACUUGUAAGGGGAGAUGCGGUGCUAGCUACAGCAGUUUGGAGAAACAUAUUCAAGGCGGAUGAAAAUGUGGAUUUCAGAGGGGUGGGGGAGGUGGUGAGCUACAUUCGGGGAGUAUUGAAAGGACUGGAUGAAUUGGCGGAUGAGAGCAUUGCAAGUGGAGAAGUAGUGUUUGGGAAUCCGGAAAGCGAAAGAGAUGGAGUACUUCAGAAAAGCCGGAUGAUGAUCGACCCAGCGCGAGAGGUGAAAGAACCAGCAAAGGCAGCCCAAUCAUAG